AUGUAUCCGUCGAGUUCGGCCGCCGACGGCGGCCCUCUCCUCGCGGACUGCGCGGGGCAAAACCCCCGAAGCUGCGGAGAAGGCGAGGCGCUUGCUGCCGCCCCUGCGCCGCCUCCCUCGUCUGCCUCUUCGUCUUCGUCUUCCUCUUCUUUUGCGCCGUGUUUUGCGCUUCCCGGGGCUCUCCCCGACCCAGCGACGCUUCCUCCGAUGCUUCCGCUCUCGCCUUCGCCGCCGCUGGCCACGUCCGCAUCGUCCGCGGCGACGGUGCACAUCGACGCGUCUGCGAAGCGCCGUCGGCUCCUUCUGGGGGAAGACUGGGUAGAGAUCACGCCGCUGGGGGCGGGCUGCGAGGUAGGGCGGUCGUGCGUAGUGGUUCGCUACAAGGGCCUGACGGUCAUGUUUGACUGCGGGGUGCAUCCAGCGUACAGCGGGCUGGGCGCGCUGCCGAUUUUCGACGCGAUCGACAUGACGAGUGUCGACGUCUGUCUCGUCACGCACUUCCACCUCGAUCACUGCGGCGCGCUGCCUUACUUGGUGACCAAAACUGCGUUUCGCGGGCGAGUCUUCAUGACUGAGCCGACGCGGGUGAUCUCAAAGCUGCUGUGGCUCGACUACGCGCGCAUGAGCGCCUUCGCGACCACCGCCUGCCCGAGGACCGCGGCGGUGGCGCCCCUGGGCGGCGACGGCGGCGAGAAGGGAGCGGGUAACUACUUGUACGACGAGGACGACGUGGACGCGACGGUGCAGAUGAUUGAGUGCCUCGACUUUCACCAGGAAGUAGAGGUUGGCGGGAUCAAGAUCUCGUGUUUCGGCGCAGGGCACGUCCUCGGCGCCUGCAUGUUCCUCAUCGAGAUCGGCGGCGUCCGCAUGCUGUACACAGGCGAUUUCAGCCGCGAGAAGGACAGGCACGUUCCCGUUGCGGAGGUCCCGCCCGUCGACGUCCAGCUGCUGAUCUGCGAAAGCACCUACGGCAUCCACGUCCACGACGACAGGCAGCUUCGGGAGCGGCGCUUCAUCAAAGCCGUCCUCGACAUCGUCCUCACGCGCGGCGGCAAGUGCUUGCUGCCGGUCUUCGCCCUGGGACGCGCGCAGGAGCUGCUGCUCAUCCUGGACGAGUACUGGAUCGCGCACCCCGAGGUCCGCCACGUGCCGAUUCUCUUCCUCUCGCCACUCUCCAGCAAGUGCAUGAUCGUCUUCGACGCCUUCAUUGACAUGUGCGGCGACGCCGUCCGCAACCGCGCACUCCGCGGGGAGAAUCCGUUCGCUUUCCGCUUCGUGAAAAACCUCAAGACCUUCGAAUCGGCUCGCGUGUACGUGCACCACGAGGGGCCUGCCGUCAUCAUGGCUGCGCCCGGCAUGCUGCAGAGCGGCGCGAGCCGCGAGAUCUUUGAGGCGCUCGCGCCGGAUGCGAAGAACGGCGUCAUCCUCACCGGGUACUCCGUCAAAGGCACGCUGGCUGACGAGCUGAAGCGUGAACCCGAGACGAUUCAGCUCCCUGACCGCGUGCUGCGCAGACGCUGCUCCUUCGAGGUCAUCUCCUUCAGCGCCCACUCUGACUACCAGCAGACGCAGGACUUCAUCGGCAAACUGAAAGUGCCCAACGUCGUCCUGGUGCACGGCGAACGCGGCGAGAUGCGCAGACUGAAGGAGAAGCUUGAAGAGGAACGCCCCGCGCUCUGUGUCUUCACCCCGGAAAUCCUGCAAAAAGUCAGCCUUCAAUUCACGCCCUCGCGCUGCGUUGUCGCUGCCGGCAAACUCGGCGACGACGUGCAGCGGCUCCUCAUCCCCGCCGCAGACAGCGACCUGCCUCAGCACGCCGCGGCGGGAGACGCUGCCCACAGCCGCGGCGCCGAGGCUCCAGACGGCGGCGACGCGGCCCCGCGGGCGGCGGAUGCAGACGCCCCGGGGGCUGCCGGCGCGGCAGAAGCGUUGCGGCCCGCGCGCAGCGGGGAUGGUGGUGUCUCCGCGGACGUCGAGGGCGUGCUUGUCGUUCAGGAGGGACAGCCGCCGCUGCUGCUGUACCCCGAAGACCUGCCCACGAGCGGCAAGAUCGCGGUCACGCGCCUGCGGCAGAAGCUGCGUCUGCCGUUCGUCCGUCCUCUGGGCGCGCUGCGCCAGGCGUUACAGCAAAUCUACGAGGAGGUCGAAGACGCGCCCGCCGACGCGACGUGGGCAGACGCGGAGGAUGGCGCCGAAGGGGGCGGAGCGCGGCGAAGUCAAGAGAGCCGCGCGCUGCAGGAUGCAGAGACGAGUCGCCUGGAAGCAAAGGGCGCUUCGGCCGGCGCAGGAGGAAAGGAGACGCUCCCCGCAGAAACGAAUGGCGAGCGAGAUGUCGCCUUUGACGCGACGCGCGCGGACGGCAGCUUCGUCGUGGGACGCGCGGUACGGGUGUCCAGACACCCGCGGAAGCGGGAGGAGAUCGUAGUUGAGUGGCUCACAAGCCCGACGGCGGACUUGAUUGCGGACUCGGUGAGCUUUCUCGCCAUCGACCUCAUGCGCGACGGCAGCGGCCUCACGGCGGAGGAGAUGGUUUUCUCCUCGCGCGAGGCGCAGAGCGAGGGCGCGAUUGCCGACGUGCUCAUCGCCCAGCUACAGCGGCACUUUGGGGCCGUCGAAGCGCUACCGCAGCUCGAGGCGGAUCGCGCGUCCGCGGCAGGCCACGCGAGCCGAGUGAAGACCGAAGUCGAGGAUCUCGCCUGCGCCUCCGCGGCGAAGCAGAGAGACGACGACCGCCUGCGGGAGGCCCUCGCCGCAGGGGACGUUUUACUGCGCUUCUUCGUGCGGAAUCCCGCGGCCGCCGCCAGCGCCCCCGGGGCGGCGGAGGACGCGCGCCCCCGCGAAGAGGAGAAAUCCGCGGCGGAAAGAGACUCCAAGAAGAUGCAGGACGCAGGCGACGACCAGCAGAUUCCCGUCGAAAUCGACAUGGCCAGCCGAACCGUGCGCUGCAAAAAUCCCGAGAUCCAGCAGAAGGUCUACGCCAUGGUUAGAAGAAUCGAGAGCGCUCUUCUGCCUCUCCCGCUGUCGUAA